AUGAGUGGACCGAGGCGUCCUGUCCUCCUGGCGCUGGUGUUCUUGCUGGCGACGGUGGGACCGUGCCGAGGGAGAGCUGAAUCUCGAGAAAUCACAGACAGACAGACUCUCUUAAACCUCAUCAUGGAGAUCAUUCAGGAACUUAAAAAAUACCACUUGGGGGAAUACAAGAGAUUGCAGUUUUUCAGCAAACAUGACUAUACUUUGGGCCGUAGGGAAGUCACUGACUACGGAGUGUAUCCGGAGGAGCAAAGAGUUGAAAUUGUUCCCCGAGAUCUAAGGAUGAAGGACAGGUUUUUAAAACAUCUUACAGGUCCUCUUUAUUUCAGCCCAAAGUGCAGCAAACACUUCCAUAGACUCUAUCACAACACCAGAGACUGCACCAUUCCUGCAUACUAUAAAAGAUGUGCCAGACUUCUUACUCGGCUGGCUGUCAGUCCAAUGUGCAUGGAAGGAUAAGGGAGUAGAGCGGUAAAGGAGCAACACCCCAAGAACCCUGAGAAGUGCCUUGGAAACCAACAGGGAAAUAGAACUUACUAUCUUUAUAAACAUAUUCCCUUGUGAACAAGAGAUUUAUUUUUGCAGACAGACUCUUCCAUAAUUCCUUUGAGUUUUGUAUGUCAUUGACACUGUUUGCAGAUAUAUAUCCGGUAUAUUAGCAUACCUGACAGUGAUACUUGCCACUCUUUACCUUAGAAAACAAAAGAUAAAACACUCCACAUUUGAUGUGUAGUUCUGUAAGAUGACAGAAUAUUUCAUUUUCCUGAUUAGCUGAAAUCGCAAAGAAUAUUUCUCUAGAAACAUAGAAUCUGAAACUAUAUUUUCAUAUAGCAUAUGGUAUGAUUUGAUAUCUUUUAUUACUUUUGCAAUUACAUUCCCAGAGCAUUAUUUGAAAUUGCAUGAAUGAAAAAUAAACUUCAGUCAUAUUUUGGGGACAGUAGAGUGUGAAUUUGUGAACAACCUACCCAGGCUAAAUUCAUUUGUCGUUUGUAUAAUAAAUGUAAAAUAGUAUUCCAGCUAUUGUGCAAUAUGUAAAUACUGUAAAUAAGCACAAGUAAUAAAUGAAGUGUUUGUUAUAAUAAAUAGUCUUCAAAGUGAUUCUUUACUUCCUCUUUAAUAAGUUCAUCGUUGGGAAUCCAUGAUUUACAAAUCUAUGUAGAUCGCUACCUUGGCAGACUGUCACAGAAAUACAUAAAGCAUAAAGUUCUAUACUGAAACUCAGAGGCUAGGAAUUCCUCUGGGAACCAGUUUUUAAGUUAGCUGUUCUUUUUAAAGUAGAGGCUUCUGCAUAUUGUAAUCUAACUUCUUGUUAAGAUAGGCCCUGACUUGGUAGUAACUAUUUCAAACAAGGUUGCAUCCAUUAAUUGCCAUCAUGUUAUAUUCAUGAAACACAAAGCUAAGAGGGACCUAAAGACAACCCCAGAUUUUAUAGGCAGCUAUAUUUUAAUCUGACUGGAUCCAGUUUACAAAGAUAAACUGAAUUCAGCAAAGCAAUGAGUUUCUAAGUUCAUAUGACCCCUUAUAAACAGAUGACACUGUCUGGAUAUAACCAUAAGGGCAAAGCUGGCAUAAAA